GCCGCUGGUUGACAGUUGCCACGUGGACGGACCUUAGUGAGGUUGAUCUUCGAUGAGAGGCGGUAAGCACGAGCAUAGGAGACGAAGGAAAUGGACGGCUUGAAAUGUUAUUCACUCACAAUCUCACAUGGUGUUUUCUGUUUCGUUCGCCAUAGAAGGAACGGAUCAGUUUUAGACUUUGGCGCUUUUUCUGCCAACUUCCCUCCUCUUCUUCUUCCGUUUCUCACUCCUUCCUUCCCAUUCCCGAGAAUUCCAUAAUUCUUUUUUCUCUUCUUUUUCUCCUUUUUCCUUCUCACAUACCACCCGCUAAUAUCUAUCACUUUUCCCUGAUUUUCCUUGUGAUUUCAACUACCUUGAUCCCUUCUUUCUGCCGGUGCUUACUUCACUUGUACCUUCUCUUUCCCCUGUUUUCUUAGGAACGAAAAAGGUUUCCAAUUUCUCUCAAAUGGAGACCCUUUCAGUAAGAUACUGGGUUCAACCUUUCCCCAAGGGAGAACCCGUCAAAAUCAAAGGUAAGCUGGUUAACCAUCUGGGUUUCGCUCACUUCUCCCGCAGCAGAAGCCGUGGCCGCAAUGGCGGCUUCCCGCAGCAGCUGGUUGCCCGUGCUUCUGACAAGAGUUCGUCUUCGAUCACAUCAAGUGUGCCUGAUGGAAUUGGCAAGAGGAAGAAGGAGGAGGAAGAAGGAGUAGAAGACAACAAGGGUUUCUUGCUUGACCCCGAGACAGAUGAUUCUGGUUCUGUCGUUGGCUUCAAUUUGUCCACCUCUCACUCCCUUAAUGGUGAGGUGGCAAUUGAAAGUCCUGCUGAAGUCAUUUCUGAGAACGUAGAGGAGACAGAUGGCGACAUUGAAGGGGUAGACGAAGCUCCGAAGAAAGUGGCACACAGUAUUGUCUUCGUGACCUCUGAAGCGGCGCCUUAUUCAAAGACCGGUGGGCUUGGAGAUGUUUGUGGUUCAUUGCCGAUUGCACUGGCUGCUCGAGGACACCGUGUUAUGGUUGUCUCUCCAAGGUAUCUACAUAGCCCUGAAGACGAUACCUUUGCCGCUGCUCUAGAUGCUGACUGUAGGAUUAAGAUUGCUUGCUUUGGAGGGGAGCAAGAAGUGGCAUUUUUUCAUGAGUACAGGGACCUAGUUGAUUGGGUGUUCGUAGACCAUCCUUCUUACCACAGGCCUGGGAAUCCUUAUGGAGACAUCAAUGGUGCUUUUGGUGAUAACCAGUUUCGGUUCGCUUUACUCUGCUAUGCAGCGUGUGAAGCACCGCUAGUGCUCCCACUGGGAGGGUUCACCUAUGGCCAGAAAUGCCUGUUCAUGGUCAAUGACUGGCAUGCUGGCUUGGUUCCUGUACUUUUGGCUGCUAAGUACCGUCCAUAUGGUGUUUAUAAGGAUGCUCGAUGUAUUCUUGUGAUACACAAUCUUGCUCAUCAGGGAGUAGAGCCAGCAGUAACUUAUGGUAAUCUAGGAUUAUCUCCAGAGUGGUAUGGGGCAUUGGGAUGGGUUUUCCCUGAAUGGGCAAGGGCCCAUGCUCUUGACACAGGUGAAGCGAUCAAUGUGCUAAAGGGCGCUAUUGUGACAUCAGACCGGAUAUUGACUGUUAGCAAGGGGUAUGCGUGGGAAAUAACGACCGUUGAAGGUGGAAAUGGUCUUAAUGAGUUGUUAAGCACUCGAAGGAUUGUUUUGAAUGGGAUCACGAAUGGCAUUGAUGUUAACGAAUGGGAUCCAUCAAGCGAUAAACAUUUAGAAGCCCAUUAUUCUGCUGAUGAUCUUUCUGGAAAGGUUCAAUGUAAGAUUGCUUUGCAAAAGGAAUUGGGCCUUCCUGUUAGACCUGAAUGUCCCAUGAUUGGAUUUAUAGGGAGAUUAGACUACCAAAAGGGUGUUGACCUUAUUCGUUGGGGGAUUCCUGAGCUUCUGCAUGAUGAUGUUCAAUUCGUUAUGCUUGGGUCUGGAGAUAAAAUGUAUGAAGGCUGGAUGAGAGAAGCAGAGGCAGCCCAUAAAGACAAAUUCCGAGGUUGGGUUGGAUUCAAUGUUCCGAUUUCCCACAAAAUAACUGCAGGUUGCGACAUUCUGCUGAUGCCCUCGAGAUUUGAACCCUGUGGACUGAAUCAGUUGUAUGCUAUGAGAUAUGGAACUAUCCCGGUGGUUCAUGGCACAGGAGGACUUCGAGACACAGUGCAGACGUUCGAUCCAUUUGCUAAAGACGGUAAAGGUGAUGGCACAGGGUGGACAUUUUCCCCUUUAGCAGUAGACAGCAUGUUAUGGGCAUUGAGAACUGCGAUAUCGACAUACAGAGAUCACAAAGAGUCGUGGGAAGCGAUGAUGAAGAGGGGCAUGGAGAAGGACUACUCAUGGGAGAAUGCUGCCGUCCAAUACGAGCAGGUUUUCGAAUGGGCCUUCAUUGAUCCCCCUUACUGCUAGAAACCAGAGGACUACUGCUACUACUGCCGCUGCAUCAAGCUAGCUUUCUUCAGAAGAAAAAGAAAAAACCUCACAGAACCCUCUUUUGCUGGCCAGCCAUGCUUCCAUUACUCACCAGUCAUCACUUCCUAUUUUUAUUGCUGUAGUUCUUAUAUUGUUGUUAGAUGGUAGGACCUGGUUUUAGCAGCACAAUGUGAUGUGAUUGUGAGCUCCAUUACCAUGUGAUUCUAUUUUAAUCAAGUUUUGUACGUGGUUGUUAGUUUCAAGCUGUACACAUUUGAUAUUACUAGAUACAAAGAUGACAUAAUAAAAGUAUUGUUAGGUUGGCUUUGCCAUAAAAUAAGAGAGUAGAGUAUAAUAUGCUCUC